CACACACUCCCCGCUUGCACUUGUUUACAUUUUCGGGCGCUCCGACCGGGUAAACAUCGAGUAAACAGGGGCGGGCGGGGGCAUUUGUCACCAGCACACCGCGCGCGCUCUCUCUCCGCUCUCUCUCUGUGUUUCCCCCGCCGGUCCCCCCGCCCGCAUCCUCCCCGUCCCCGACCCCCGGCGCCGCAUGGCUCAGGAAGACUCGCCGCCGGUGCCGAGUAUGCUUUCAGAGGCUCAAAGGCCUCCUGCUGAUCCAACUGGUGCCACUGAGAAUCUGCUAAUGCUCGCCAUUCAAGAACGUCUACAAAAUCAACUACGCCCUAAUGCUAACUUAUUCAACCAUCAACUAAAUCUGAAUCAGAACAUCGCCCAAGAUGCUAAUCGUUUAUUCCAACAAAUGUUACCACUACUGGGCCUGCCACCACUACUUCCCGGGCUACCCAAUCCAUUGGAUUUGGGUUGUCUACCCGGUACCUCAAUGACACAUCCACUAUGGCAGCACAAUUUGUGUGCAUGGCCGGAAUGUAACCAACCAUGUGAGAAUCUGGCUGUAUUCUUAACACAUUUGUCACAAGCGCACACUUUUAAUGAGAGGUCGACAUCCGAUAUGCGAGUACAAGUCGAAUUAGUUGAUAGCCUCGAGCAUCGUCUAACAAAAGAACGUAACCGGUUACAAGCGAUGAUGCAGCACCUGCAUAUGAAACAAUCGCCCGACACCACGACGCCGUCCAUCGGCAAGAUCGAGACGAACACAUCACCAAUAUUGUCACCAAAACAGGAACCAGCCGCAUUUACGGCGAUCCCAUCGUUGUCCACACAAUCCGCCGCGGUUCAGUCAUCGCUUCCGUCGGUGUCGCUGUCAAUUUCCGAAGCUGCUACCACCCCGCUUUCGAUACCAGCCCCAUCGGUUGUCUCAUCCGAAGGUUCGCCAACCUCUGGUGGCGAUCAACAAUCGCAGAAACCGUUCGUGCCGAGAAGAAGUCGAAUCUCCGAUAAAUCUGUACUACCAAUCUCUGCGGACAUCGCUCGAAAUAGAGACUUCUACCGUACAAAUGAUGUUCGUCCGCCAUAUACGUACGCCUCGCUUAUACGGCAAGCCAUCAUGGAAUCACCAGAAUGUCAAUUGACCCUCAAUGAGAUCUACACAUGGUUCACGGAGACAUUCGCAUACUUCAGAAGAAAUGCAGCCACAUGGAAGAAUGCUGUUCGGCACAACCUCUCUUUACAUAAAUGUUUCCAACGUGUCGAGCAGAAUGUGAAAGGAGCCGUAUGGACUGUGGAUGACAGUGAAUUUUACCGAAGACGACCGCAACGCACAGCUGCAACGAGGAGUCAGCCCAACACACCGUUGCCAGAUGAGAUGUUGGCUCAACGACUUAUUGAUCAGACCGCUCUAAGCAUGAUGGAGAACAGAGGUGAUGGCGCCGCACAUCUGGCUGACAACGCUCUGCUCAUUGGUGGUCUGGAAGGAGUGCUGUCCUUUCUAGCAAGUACCGGCGACAAUAACCCACUCUCUCUGCUAUCAGCAGCAGCCGCAGCCUCCGAGCAAAAUUCAUGUGCUGUAACACCAAGUCUAAUCACCCCCAAAGAGGAAGCACGUGAGAACACAAUGGAAAUCGAUGCUGCUGCAGCACAAGCACAACAAAAUCAGAAUCACCUUAACGGACGAAUAGAGCCGCGUGAUCCAGAUGCCACACCUCCAGCUGAAGAAGAGCCCAGACUUGUAGUGGACGAACAACCGCAGCCACCUACACCUACAGUAGCGUCCAGCUGUUAGAACUUCAUGCCAAAUAUGGCAGAAUUGGCAGAAUGCCAAACAUUUUCCGGAACGAGGGUUGCUCAAAGAAAUCCUAACCGGUUGGCUUCAUCGAAGCGUUCUCUCUGCUUUUUCUUCAUUUUGAUUUAUGAUUCUGACAUAAGUUUGCGAAUUUUUUUGCUCUUUUUUGUGAUGUAAUUAUAUUUUUUUAUGAUGUUCUAACAUCAUUUUAUCUUAAUCUAAAUAUAUUCUUCGACUUUUUGUUUUUUUUUACAUAGUUAUCAGUUAAAAUAUUGAUUGCGCCAUUUGCUCCUAAUAUAUUCAGAAUAAAUCCGCGCAAACGUAUCGCCACAUAUAUAUUCCGAACAAUAUCACUCAUUCAGGGCAUCUUUCAUUUGUCGUCUCCUCUCUCCCGAUUUUGAAUCGUCCGAUUGUCUUAUAUGUGGAAUUUCUUCCAAUGUGCGCUAGUUUUAAGUUUUUUGAUCGCAAUUGUAAGUAAAUCACAAUUUAUGACGAUUUGUGACAGUUGUCCGUCGCGAUGUCGUUGGGUCUCAGGAUAUUAUCGUGUGUAAUCUUCUCUCUUUGUCUCAAUAUUCCAUUUGUACGUUUUUUCUCCACGUGGAGAAUUUCUAAUAUAUUGAGUAGAUAAGAAUAAUUUGAGGCUUAAUAGCCCCUUCCGUCAUAAACCAUACACACACCAUUACCAAGAAGCACAUCCCUCGAUCUCAACCGGGUUACCCUUUUUUCUCUCCUGUUACCAUUGUUGAUGCCUUGUUAAUAACCUCAGAUUUUGAAUAAAUAUAUCUUAAACU